GUUUUUUGCUUUCGAGGUAGAACGGUCUUCUCCGAUCUCGUCAGCAUGCCAAACCAGUUCGGAUUAUUUAGUAACUUACCUGUUUGUGGUAAUAAUAAAUCAUUAUCGGUGUUAAUUAGUUUAGUAAUUGUAGCUACGCUUGUGAGUGUUAGUGAGAGUACCGAAUAUGCGCCAGUGGUGGACACGCCUCUCGGCCCGGUGAGGGGUCACUCCCUGAAAACACGGGGCAAAAGAACAAUUUCAGCCUUUACGUCUAUUCCCUAUGCAUACCCUCCUGUCGGAGAAUUAAGAUUUAAGGCCCCUGUCCCAGUGAAUAAAUGGAGCAACACAUUAGAUGCCACGAAGUCAAGUCCUGCAUGUGUGCAGAGAAAUCCUUAUGUCCGGCAACCUGUCAUAGUCGGCCAGGAAGACUGCCUGUAUCUUAACAUUUAUACCCCUUAUACCAGUGAAGAGCUCGGCAACGUACACAAGCCACUGCCAGUGAUGGUCUUCAUUCACGGAGGAGGCUGGAUGUGUGGAGACUCCUCCACAGACAUGUAUGGACCGCAACACCUUUUAGAUAGAGACGUUCUCUUAGUGGGGAUCAACUAUAGAUUGGGACCUCUCGGUUUCCUGUCAACGCAGGAUGCUUCCUGCCCCGGCAAUAACGGCCUCAAAGAUCAACAAGAGGCCCUCAGGUUCAUUCAAAAAGUCAUCUCUAGUUUUGGAGGUGACAAAGAUUCCGUCACCUUAUUUGGCGAGAGCGCUGGUGGCGCAAGCACAUACUUUCACAUGUUGUCAAAAUCUAGUAGAGGGCUGUUCCAUAAAGCGAUAUCAGAGUCGGGUGUUGCUACCGUGCCUUGGGCGGAGGCGCCUCCUGGAGAGCCGUUGAGGCAAGCCUUUCGCCUGGCGAAGUUUCUCGACUGCCCACAAAGUCCCUCCGAGGUUUUGCUCCAGUGCCUUCGCACAAAGGAUAGCUACGAUAUUAUCAACACAGAAUUCCAGUUCUACACAUGGGAUUACGAACCAAUGACUCCGUUUAAAGCAGUCGUGGAGCCUGACCUUCCUGGCGCGUUCUUGACAGUGGCUCCGAGAAGUAGUCAAGAUGUUGCUGCUAUACCGUGGAUGACUGGCCUGAACAGCGCAGAAGGAUGCCUGAAAUCUGUUUGGAUUACGACGAAUCGGACGAGAUUUAAUGAAUUUAAAUCUGGAUUUGAUAUUAUAGCGCCUAUCACAUUCUACUACGACAAUUCACCAUUUGCUGAUGUAAUCAAUAAGAAGGUUAAAGAACAUUAUUUAGAUGAAAAAGAUGAAGAGAAAUAUAAACAAGGAUUGUUAGACAUUUACAGUGACUCGUAUUUUGCAUACCCUGCCCUAGAGGCGGUGGAACAGUUCACCCGUCUCACCGAUAGCCCAGUCUACCUAUAUGAAUUGUCCUAUCGCGCCAAUAACAGUUUCUCUCAGAUAUUUGGAGAUCCUGUCGGAGAUUACGGAGUAUGUCACGCGGAUGAACUGAUGCAUUUGUUUCCAAUAUACUUCCUCAGUAAUGAGUUUUCUGACGAAGAUAAAGAAAUGAGCAAGCUUAUCGUGAACUUAUGGACCAAUUUUGCGACCACUGGAAACCCGAACAAGCCGGUGAAAAUACCUUUCAAAUGGUCUAAGGCAUCCAGCGCGAAGAAAAUGGAGUAUUUGGAGAUUUCUAAGGAAUCGAGUAUGAAGAAACAUCUAGCUGAGAGAUCACGGUUCUGGGGUACUUUGCCGCUGUGGCACAGUCUUCAAAAGGGACGCUUCAUAGAUGAGCUGUAGGCGAUCACAAAGACUCCAUCUUGCAAGAAGUUCCUCUAUUUCACGAAUCCAUUAGAGUCAACCUACACCAGCGUUUCCCGAGCGUCGGCGUCUAGUCAAGUUUAUAGGUGGUGUAACUGUUUCCAAAGCGUUGACUGGAUCCGACGCUCAUAAGACGCAAUAGUUGGCGGGCCUUAGCAUGCUCGUUUACUGUAUCUACAAGAUAUGCGGAUUUUAUUAAAGAUGUUUGUAUUGUA